GUCUGUGGCCAUUCUCCCAUUGAGGAAUACUGGCUUGUUGUGCUGAAUGUUUUUUAUUCUUUGGCUUUGCUUUUUUCUUCACCGAAGACGACCGAAGAGUGGGGUUUCAUCUCGACACCACAGGCUGACCCUCGGCUCCUGAAGCAUCGUUUUCAUCACAGUGCCGGGCACCGCAUGGCAUCACCAUGUGGAAAGUAACCUUACUGUGAGUUCCUUGUGCUUUGGCCCUUAUCAUGUCUGAGGACAGUGAUCCAAAGCUUUACCUGUACUCAAGCCUAGACGCCUGCGAGCGGGUUGGUUUUCAGGCUAAAGAGGAGCAGGGUGCACUGUGUGGCUCUAUGAGCCAGCUUCGUCACAUGGCCAGCAGUUACAGUGAGGGUUGUGGCGGGCAGGACGGGGUGGACCUUGACCCGGAGUUAGGACUUGCUUCUGAAGGGAGCGACAGCAGCCAUGAGCACCCGGCCUCUCUGGACUCCUCCCAUGCCGACAGGAAGCGACAGCGACCACCUUUGCACGAGGACGUAGAAAUGGGCGGCAUGGGCUCAAGUGGGAGCGGGACGGAAUCCCACGGCAACGAGUCGCAUGGCAACGAGUCCCACGGCAACGAAUCUGUGGUCAGCUCUAAUGGCAACGAAAAGGAUUCUGCUAUUAUGGAAUCUUCAGGGAGCAACAAGAGCUCCAACUCUCACAGCCCGUCUCCACCGAGCAGCUCCAACGCCUUCAGCCUGGUGAGCUCUGAGCAGGACAACCCUUCAACCAGCGGCUGCAGCAGCGAACAGUCAGCCAAAGCUAAGACACAGAAGGAGCUCUUCAAGACUCUCAAGGAGCUGAAGAUGCACUUACCUCUAGAAAAGAGGAGCAAGGGCAAGUCCAGCACCGUCAACACGCUCAAAUACGCCCUGCGGUGCAUCAAGCAGGUGAAAGCUAAUGAGGAGUAUUACCAGAUGCUGAUGAUUAAUGACAGUCAGCCACCGGGGUUUGAUGUGUCGUCCUACACCAUCGAGGAAAUCAACACCAUCACCUCAGAAUACACCCUCAAAAACACCGACAUAUUUGCUGUGGCCGUGUCUCUCAUCACCGGGAAGAUUGUUUACAUCUCAGACCAGGCGGCGUCCAUCCUGAACUGCAGGCGGGAAGUGUUCAACAACGCCAAGUUCGUGGAGUUCCUGACGCCUCAAGACGUCAGCGUGUUCUACAGCUUCACCACGCCGUACCGCCUUCCGUCAUGGAGCAUGUGCACCGGAGCAGAGUCGUCUUCCACGGAGUGCAUUCAGGAGAAAUCCUUCUUUUGCCGCAUCAGUGGUGGGAAGGAGCGCGAGGGGGACCUGCAGUACUACCCUUUCCGUAUGACCCCUUACCUGAUGAAGGUCCAGGAUGCUGAGCUGGCUGAGGAGCAGUUCUGCUGCCUCCUGCUGGCUGAGAGGGUUCACUCUGGAUAUGAAGCUCCCAGAAUUCCCCCUGACAAGCGGAUCUUCACCACCACACACACGCCCAACUGUGUGUUCCAGGACGUAGAUGAGAGGGCUGUACCUCUGCUGGGGUACCUCCCCCAGGACUUGAUCGGGACCUCCAUACUACUAAAUCUGCACCCGAGCGACCGACCAUUAAUGCUGGCUGUUCAUCGCAAAAUCCUGCAGUAUGCCGGUCAGCCCUUUGACCAUACCUCCAUCCGCUUUUGUGCAAGAAAUGGCGAGUACAUCACCAUCGACACCAGCUGGUCCAGCUUCGUCAACCCCUGGAGCCGCAAGGUCUCUUUUGUCAUCGGCAGACACAAAGUGCGCAUGGGUCCUGUCAACGAAGAUGUUUUUGCAGCUCCUGCUUUCCACGGAGGGAAGAUAAUGGACUCUGACAUCCAGGAGAUCAGCGAACAGAUACACAGGCUGUUGCUCCAACCGGUUCACAACAUGGGCUCCAGUGGUUAUGGCAGCUACGGCAGCAAUGGUUCCCACGAGCAGCAGGUGAGCAUCAGCUCGUCCAGCGAAAGCAACGGGAACAUCCCAGCUGGGAACACGGCAGAGGAGACGAGCAAGACCAAGCCAUCGAGGACCUUUCAGGAAAUUUGUAAAGGCGUCCACAUGCUGAAGAACCAGGACUCGCAGGUCUGCCUGCGCUCCUCCUCACCAUGGCCUCCUAAAAACGACCACAGGAAGACGACUGACGCUUCUUCAGCAGCUCAGAGGAGUUCAGCUGCGCGUCAGAAGAACUCCGCUCCUCAAGUCAGAGACGGCACCGGAGCCAGCAUGGAGGACUUCCCUUGCAAAGACCAGACUGUCUGCUCUUACCAGCAGAUCAGCUGCCUCGACAGCGUCAUCCGGUAUCUGGAGAGUUGUAAUGUUCCCAUCACAGUCAAAAGGAAGUACCAGUUCUCCUCAAACACCACCUCAUCCAACUCGGAUGAUGACAAGAGGGGCUCAGAAGAUGGCAUGCAGAUGCCUCAGGGUGCACACACAGAUGCUCAGCCAGGGAUGUCCAACAUGAAAGCACCGAAGAAGCCUCCAUCUGGGUCAGCUGCUGUGGUGGGGGGCACCCUGGCACCCCUCACGCUGCCCAGUAAGGCCGAGAGCGUCGUGUCGAUCACUUCUCAGUGCAGCUACAGCAGCACCAUUGUCCACGUGGGAGACAAGAAGCCUCAGCCAGAGUCAGAGAUCAUCGAAGACGUUGCGGAAAGCCCGGCGCCCCCAGCCGUGCCGGUCAGUAUGGUCUCUCCUCCCAGCCAGGGGAAGGAGGCCUACAAGAGGCUGGGGCUGACGAAGGAGGUGCUGGCUGCGCACACCCAAAAGGAGGAGCAGGCCUUCCUGAACCGCUGCAGAGAGCUCCGCAACGCCAGGAGCUUCCAGAAGGAGUGCUCCUCAUAUCCACACAACCAGAGGGGUCCAGCCCACGCUGAAGAGUCAUCCGGACUUCAAGGGGCAGCCAAACAAGGCACCACCAGGCCUGAGACCACCGCCAAGAGGGGCAACCGCAACCGAAAGUCCAAAAAGCCACGAAUGAAGCAUCCAGACUCAUCAGACAGCGCUGUGUCCAACCGUAAACCCAGACCCCCUCUACAGGGUCUCAACCAGACCUCGUGGUCUCCAUCUGAAGCAUCCCAGUCUGCUUUUAAUGUCUCCUACCCCACCAUGGUGCCUACUUACCCUCUCUACCCCCCAGCGACUGCUGCUCCAGCUCAGACCUCCCGCCCGGACCCGUCUCUCUCCUCUGGCUUUGGAGAAGGGCAGAACGCCCAAGCUCCGCCCACUACCACUCCAUUUCCUGCACCUAUUGUAACACCUGUGGUGGCUCUGGUGCUGCCCAAUUACAUCUUCCCUCAGAUAGGACCGUUGAAUCAGGUGGGUCAGCUGGGAGCUGUGCCGAGACCGACAUUUUUCACCGAGCAGACCCAGACGCAGCCAGCGUACCCUGCCCAGCAGCCCUUUCAGACCGCUCAGCCAGCCUACCCGCUGCAAACCCAGCCCUCCUUCACCAGCCAGCAGCCAUUCCCCGUGCAGACUGCCUUCUCUUCACAGCAGCCUUUCCAAGCUCCUCAGACCCCCUACACCACCCAGCAGCCUUUCCAGGCUCCUCAGACUGCCUACGCUACCCAGCCGCCUUUCUCUGGCCAGUCUUCAUUCCCGUUGCAGACUCAGUUUGUUCCUCAGGCUCCUUACCCAGCUCAGCCGUUCCCCUACAACAUAGCCCCUGAGCUCCCCAAGACCCCCGCAGCCGAGCCCAGGGAGGGAGCAGCUUCACGAUCCUCCACCCCUGCCUCCGGGGCUCGAGAGCCCACCACAUCACCUCCGCUCUUUGAGUCUCGCUGCAGCUCGCCCCUGCAGCUCAAUCUGCUGAGCAUGGAGGAGGGGCAGCGCUCAAUGGACCGGCAGGACAGCACAGCGCCCCCUGCUGGAGGGCAGUGCAGCAUCGCAGGGGAGAAGAGCGGAGGUGCAGCCAAGACUGAUAAUCAUCAACAGCUGGAGUCCAGAGAUGACGGUGCUCACAGCGACGGGAACUCUUCAUCCUGCGACCUGCUGGACAUCCUGUUGCAGGAGCAGGAGGAUGCCCACUCAGGCACUGGAUCAGCCACGUCUGGAUCCAUGAGGUCAGGUCUGGGCUCCGGCUCCAAUGACUGUCGGACCUCAGCCAGUGGAGCUUCUGGCAGCAGAACAGGAAGCAGCAACACCAGCAAGUACUUUGGCAGCGUAGACUCUCUGGAGCAUGACCCCAAAGGGAAAGCCAAAGUCAGGGGUGGGGGGGGCUCUGAUGGCAGCAACUCUCAGACCAAAGUCUCUGCUGAAGGAGAGGGGGAGCAUUUCAUCAAGUAUGUUCUGCAGGAGCCUCUUUGGCUGCUGAUGGCCAACGCUGACGACAAAGUCAUGAUGACAUAUCAGAUGCCAUCCAGGGACAUUCAGAGAGUUCUGAGAGAAGAUAAGGAGCGGCUGAGGCAGAUGCACAAGAGUCAGCCUCACUUCACUUCAGAACAGCGGCGGGAGCUCGUGGAGGAACAUCCCUGGAUGAGGAGGGGGGGCCUCCCUGCAGCUAUCAAUGUCAAGAUGUGCAUGUACUGUGAGGACGCAGCAGCUGCCACCAUCGAUGAGGACCUGCCCGACAUAGACAUGGGCGAGCUGGGCGAGGAGCUGGGCAGAGACGGCCAGAGAGCCCAGGGCCAGCCAGAGGAGUCGAAGCCUCAGUCAGAGCCAGGCUCCUGAACGUUACACGUGGAGGGGCGCACUGGUCCUGACGUGGACCCUCAUGAGACACAAAUACGUACACACACACAUCUGGACAGCUCAGUGUGAUGUGAGGAUGUGUGUGUGUGUGUGUUGGUUGCAGAGCUGACACUAGAGUGCAGUUUUUAGUGAACCCUCACGGGGCAGGAGCACUUUGUGAGGGAUCUCUGGACCUGGCCCUCAUCUUACACAGACUUGAAUGACUUUUCUGAAGUUAUUUCCAAACCUCUCUGAGGCAGAUGUUUCUUCUGAGACGUUCUCUAAAAAUCUCAGUAAUGUAUAAAAUUUGUAACGAUGUUAUUUUUACAACACCUUUGUCUGAAAACAUUCUUAUGAAGCCGACCAGCAUCGCUGUUACAAUCCUGUGCUGCUCCCCCUCAUGUUUGUGUUUUCUGGAUUCACCGCGCUGACGCGUCAGGAGCCUUCAAAUCCCAGCAUGCCUGCCGUUUCCCCGUCAGGGGUGGUUGUGGCGUUUCUAGGACACGGGCACAAACGCCACGACUCGCACGUCGUCGUGUCCUGAAUAACUUAGUGUCUUUGCACCCGAGUGCUCCAAGAACAGGUGCAGCAGUGUUCGCACUCGACAGUCGACAAUGAAAUGUAAGAACGACAAUCGGAUACAUGAAAUGUAUUUAUUGAAGUGUUCUCCGUAGUGGGUAGUACAUCUUCAGCAGAUAGUAAAGCUAAAGCCAAAAUAAUACAGCUUUGAGAUGAUGUAGUAACACUUUAAAUACUUUGAGGGUAAGCACUACGGGAUAUUUAAUGUCACUUUCUGAGCAGGGUACCUCUCUCUGUGUGUAAGUGUUGUCACCCUCUCCUUAAACUAAAGCUCUGGUGAUAUGAAGGUGGGAUUAUCACAGCUUCACAACCUGCCAAAAUGUGUUCGCGAUGUGAAACAAUCAGCAUCAAGAUGCAUACGAACCAAGGUUUUAAGGGUAGUUCGUUCAUUUUCUUUACAUUUCCAAAUGGCUUUGGAUUUUUCUUAAAGUAUCCGUGCAGAGUUCAACCUGCUGUCAUGUUCUGAACUCAUCUGUGGCAUUUAUGCACAUCUGUCUGGUCCCUAUUUGCUUUUUUUUUUUUUUUCCCAAAAAAAGUUUCCUGGGCAGUAAAUUAUAAAGUAGCACAUCUUGAACAUUCGCUUAUUUAUACCCCAGGAGGUAAGAGUUUGCAGGAGUGUGUGUGUUUGUGUGUGUGUGCAGCGAUCCAAGUCCUUGAGUCCUGUCAGAACUGUUGCAGCGUGUGACCCUGAGGUCAGCGGCGACACAAGUCUGCAGUAUGUUCAACAGAACUAACCAAGUGUAGCAAACGGAGCUUCACACGGCAGCUGGGCGAGGUGGAAGCUUCAGGAGGGUUCGAGUGAAGGUCGAGGGAACCGUGGUCCACACUGGCCUGAGCAGGACAGGGAACAACGGUGGUGCUGACGCAGAACAGCUGGAGCCUGUGAAUGUAACACAGACUGGACCAACAGCGCCGCGCUCACUACGUUCACGUUUAGCUUUUGUUUUAAUCUCGUUACUUUUUCAGGACUUUUUUAAUUCUAUUUUUCUAUUUUCCUCGUAUGUGUGUGUGGCUCAUUAGAAGGUUAGCGCUUGUGAGUGUCACCGGGGGCGAACCCUACCUCUAAUCAGUCCCAGGUGGUUUGACUGUAAACAGAUCAUAGGACGUGCACGCGUGUGAGCGUUUGGAUAUUUUAUUUGAUUCCGGUGAGAGAUGGACCUGUAAACGUGUUUGGACUUCUUCUACCUGCUUUCUGCCUCUGACUGAAUGAACGAAUGCACGGGGACUUUAACGACACUUUGUCUUUUAUUUAUUUAUGUGCAAAUUGUAUCAACGUGCAACUGAACCCUAAAGAAUGGAGGUUUACUUUUAUUGUCCCGAGCGGGCAGUCCCAGUCGUGAUGUUUACGAUCACGUAAGCUCGUCCACCAUCACAUGUUCAACCAGCACGAUCGUGUGCAUUUUUGUAGCUCAAGAGACGUGUUUGAGACUUGGAAACCAUGUUGUAAUAAAACUGCAGUCAUAACCA